UAUGCUAAAUAUGUUUGUUGUUUUGUUGUACCUAAACUGCCUGACUAUAUUGGUAAUGUGAUUCAGAUGAUCGGAAGAUCGGCUCUUUUCACAGAUCUAAUGUGCCCAGAUGAUGAGGCAUGCUGGAGACCGCACUGCCAUUUUUGGCAUUCGAAAGAUGAAAUGGUACAAGAAUCAUCAAAUAAUAUGGCCCUACAAGCUCAGCCCUUUGUCGGUUAUAUGGGUUAUGUGGAUAAGAACGACGAUCUGAAGCAGCACAACUCAUCAAUGAGCAAUGAUAACAAUCAGAAAACCUCUGCUCACCAACCAGACCAAAGCAAUCAUCAACAACAACGGAAACGGAACACGUCUCCACUCGCCGAAAUAACCAAACCAAAAAAACUAAUCGAAUUAUCAGUUGAUGAAAUAUUAGACCCGAAAAAUGAACGGCCAGAUUCACAAAAUAAUGAUACUAGUAAACAAAAAAGCGUUACGAAGGAUGAACAUUCGCUCGAAAAAGCUUUGAAUAUUGGUGAGAUAUUGCAGAAAGGUGUGAAUCUGAACGAUCAUGCGAAGUCGGUGGCUGAUAUUGACACGCGAAUCCAGGAGUUACAAAGACAACUGGAAGAGGAGAAGCGAAUACGGGAACGUGUAGUUGAUGAGAUUAAGGCAAAGGUGAAACAUGAAUAUGUACCCACCACCAAGAAAGAUGAGCAUCAUGCAGCACCGUCGUCGUCAUCACAACACGUUCAGCAUCAAAAUCACAGAUCGUCCGUCUCAAAAUCGAAAUCGUAUUCCGGUGGUUAUACGCCAACCCCGUUGGCAGUGUUAAAAGCUGAAAAAGCGAAUGCCAAAGAGAAGCGACAAGAAAAUGAAAGGACCAAAGAUAUAAAUGAGGAUAGGGAAAAGCUGGAAAAUGGGAGAAGUAAAGAUAGGGAAAGGGCAAAGGAGAAGGAAGCGAGGAAAAAGAUGAGACUCGAUGAAAAGCGGUCGUUGAAGCAGCGUAAAGUGGUAUGCCCCGAUUCUUUGUUAGGAACGUCAUCAAAAAAACCGUCUUGUUCGAAGUUGAAGUCAACUGAAAAUUUGUCAAUUGACGAUUUGUUUGAUGGGAAUGAAAGUGAUGACGAGGUUUGUUUUGUGUAUUUGUUUGUUACCGUUUUAUUUGAUAGUGGUCACAUAAUGUUCGUGCCGCCACCCAAAAAACUGAUGCGAACUGCGCAAGGGGAAAGCAGAAGAGUGUCCACAGAUAGCAUAUCGACUUCAACUGAACAACGAGUGAGUGAUACUGCAAAGAGACGCAUCGUUGAGAGUUCCAUUCGACAGGCAACUUCUGAGAUGCGAAUAAGCGCCCCAAAGACUAAAGUACGAAACGUGUCGCAACAACUCAACGAUCGAUAUGAACGAUUACAAAAGGAAAAGGAAGCGAUAAUGAAGAAAUUAGAAAAAUCAACAAAAGAGACGAAAGGAAGUGAGGAAACGAAAGAAGACAUAUACGACUACAGAGCGGGUUCAAGUGCGGCCACUGUUGAGAAGGGUGAAAAACGAGUUGCACAUACUGUUAAUGUUAGUUAUGAAAACGGCCAUUCGAAGAUCAAAAAAUCAGCAGCCACACUCAAACUGAUGCCACUGGAUCCAUACGCACCUUCGAAAGUGCCGUAUGCAAUCCGAACAAAAUACUUAACUUUAUUCCACACUGAGUGUACCAAAUUCUGUGCGUCUCAAGAUGAUGCAAUACGAAUGGCUCAACAAGAGGAGAAGUCGUUGAAAGAUCGUGCAAUCACGAAAGGCGGUUAUGCAACUGCAGCGGUACAUGUUCUGAAGCGAUUACGCGAAAUGAUACCGAGCUGCUCGAAUUCGGCACCAACAAGUAGUGGUGUGAAGUCGGUAUCGCAUGAAGCGAUGUUGCAUGGACGACAUGGUGAUACGAUCACGAUUGGUGCGAGGCGAUGCAUGCCAUCCGGAUCGAAGAUUCUUUCAGAGACUUGGGUUUUAUUUGAGGGCGUUCGUGAACAUUAUGUUGACCAUUUGAGGACGUUCAGUUGGGUUUUCAUAGGUGUUGUUGUGUAUUGCAGUGAAUUUUAUGCAGCAUUGAAGACGAAAUAUGUGUUGACGAAGGAGCAAUUAGAGUUGAACGGUUAUCCGGUAUGGGAGGAUGAGGCGAGAACGCAGGUGAAGAUUGUGACGAGUGAACGUGACAAUAAGAAGAAGUUAUUUGCAGAUGAGAAUGAUUUGAAACGUGUUUGCUGUCGAUGUGGUGCCGAAUUUCGAUUAACGCCAAAAGGAGAGUACGUAGUCAAGGAGCAAUGUGUGCAUCAUUGGGCGCGUGCUUUCAAAACAAAAGUGAAAGGUACAUGGGAGUCACGGUAUGCGUGUUGUUCGUCGGAUCUGACCGUGAAAGGCUGUUGUAUAGCUGAUUACCAUGUCACUGAUACGGCACUCAAGUCGGAUCUGUCAACGUUUCGUGAGACCCCGCCAUCGAGUGGUAAAGACGACAAACGAAGUUCGAAGGUGUUCGCACUGGAUUGUGAGAUGGUGUAUACGCCAUAUGGUCUGUCAUUGGCACGAAUCUCGGUGGUGGAUAUGAAAGAUGAGUUGGUAUUGGACGUUUUAGUACGCCAGAAGCACAAGAUUGUGGACUGCAAUACGCGAUUCAGUGGGUUGACCGAGGACCAGAUUCAGGAUGCUGAGUGCGAUUUGCAGAAGGCACAAGAUAGAUUAUUCGAAUUGGUAAACAGUGAAAGUAUACUGAUCGGGCAUAGUCUUGAGAGUGAUCUGAAAGCAAUGCGAAUAGUGCACAAUAAUGUUGUGGACACAUCGAUUGUAUACCCACAUCGAUUGGGAUUACCUUUCAAAAGGGCGUUGAAAACGAUAGCUGCUGAAGUGUUGCAGUUGAUUAUUCAGGAAGAUGUGAGUGGUCAUGACUCAAAAGAAGAUUCGAGCGCGUGCAUGAGGUUAAUGUUGAAUAAAGUGAAACAUGAUUAG